GAUACAAAGUAUUAGAUGUUAAACGGUAAUGUCUUUUUUGAAGUUGAUGGCUCAGGCCUAGACUUUCGAAAAGAAGAAUGAUGCGUGAUGGUGGUGGUUCCCCCAUACUUACAAUGCGUGGAGAAGGUAAACCUUUAUGUUUUUCAUGCAUGAAAUAUGAUAGAAGUAGUGUCUGAUAUUGAUGUUCUUGAAGAUUAAUCUGAAAUCACUGAGGCAUCGGUGGAUGGUUCACAAGGAAGAAGCUCGAGGAGAAGGAAUCUGAUAUUUGGGGUUCAACGAUCGCACCCUCUUGACAUGAAGCCACGGCUUGAUGUGUUCAUGGCCGCCGAUAUGAACGAAGCUAUCAGCAGCUUUCAACUUGUCGGGAGCCACAUCGACAACUCCUGCAAAAUUUACAAAGGAGACACCGUCAUUGCAGAGGUAAUUGAUGUAUAUCCAAGAAACAAUUUCAGCAAUUGGACAGAAAGCUUUAGAGUCAAAAUAAAUGCAGGGGUGGACUAUGCUUUCAUUGUUGCCUUACUUGUAAUACUCACUGUAAAUGAUUACAUAUAGUUGUAGAAUACAAUUAUAAAUUCAAUUGUAUCCAUUUUUUAAAACAUGUUUUGAACAACAUCUUUAAAAUAUGCUUAUAUUAAAAAAUAAGUAACAUAACAUAGAUCACUGGGAGAUCGAUCCAAUCACAUAUACAAUGAACUUGUUUAUUUUAAUAAAUUUGUCUUCUGACUAUUCCACCAGCUGUUCCUUCUCCAUCAAUAUGA